GAGUUUGGAGAGUGGAGGAGGCUCGAGCGUAAACCGACACUGCUUUACUGGGCUUUACUCCGUGGACACGUCUGUUCACUCAAACCAAGCGGACUGUGUGGAUUUAAACCUUAUUUUGGCUCUUUUUUAACACUUUUAAGUCACGGAUUGGAGUUUUGAGCUGACUUUUGGAAAACACAGUGGACGCCCAAACACAAUAACGAUGCAAGGAUACUUUCUCUAAAUUCACACUGGAUGGGGUAUAGGGGUUAUUCGACGGCACGGAUAGAAGGUGAUGAAGACAAGUGCCCUUUAAUCCCAAAAGGAUCCCUCUGUGCUGUGCUAAAAGUCCACUAACUGCGAAAGAACCACAGGGAGUACAAGUAUCAACACACCGUCACUCCCCCUUUGGCUCGCUGGAAGAUGGGAGGCAACAAAUAAUAUCAGAGAGGAGGCAGAGGAAUUUUCUAAGCAGUCUGUGUAAACUUGUCAUAUACAACCAUGUGGACAUCUCCUGCAGCGAGCCCCUGUCUACUGGCUGCUGCUGCGCUGGUGUCCAGUCUACUCUACUUUGUGACAGCCACUGAAGAUGAUGUCACUCCACGCAUCAGUUUCUCUUACAAUGCAAAGGAGAGGUUAACCAACAGAUUCUCAGCAGCCGGAGUCUUCAAUUACACCACACUGCUGCUGAGCCAGGAAGAUGACAUGCUGUACGUUGGGGCCAGGGAGGCACUGUUUGCACUCAGCCUCUACAAUAUCAGCAAGGCCAGUCUGCAGAAGAAUCUGACAUGGGGAACUCCCCUUGGAAAGAGAGAGGAGUGCAGCUUCAAAGGAAAGAGUUUACAGACUGAUUGUUUCAACUAUAUCAAAAUUCUGCUGCGGCUCAACAGUACUCAUCUCUAUGUGUGUGGCACCUAUGCCUUUAGUCCCAUCUGCGCCUACAUUAACACAACGUCGUUCACAUUGGAGCGAGAUGACGUUGGGGAGGUAGUGACAGAGGAUGGGCGCAGUCGAUGCCCAUUUAAUCCAGAGUACAAAUCCACUGCCAUUAUUGUUGAUGGAGAACUGUACACCGGCACUGUCAGUAACUUCCAGGGGAACGAACCAGUCAUUUAUAAGAGUUUGGGCCAGACGGCAGCAUUAAAGACAGAAAACUCUUUAAAAUGGCUACAAGAUCCAGUCUUUGUGGGCUCGGCAUAUAUUGAGGAGAGCCAACCAAUAGGGAACCCAGUUGGAGACGAUGACAAGAUAUACUUUUUCUUCAGCGAGGCGGGGAAAGAAUUUGACUUCUUCGACAACACCAUUGUGUCGAGGAUCGCUCGCGUGUGUAAAGGUGAUAAAGGCGGAGAGCGUGUGCUGCAGAAGAAGUGGACCACCUUUCUAAAGGCGCAGCUCCUGUGUUCUCUCCCUGACGAUGGAUUUCCCUUUAACAUCAUCCAAGACAUGUUUGUCCUCAAGCCCACAGGGGACAGCUGGGAGAGCACAGUCUUUUAUGGCGUCUUCACCUCUCAGUGGUACAAAGGAGCAUCGGGCAGUUCAGCAGUGUGCGCUUUUACAAUGGCCCAAGUGGAAAGAGCAUUCAGCGGGCGGUACCGUGAAGUCAACAGAGAGACACAGCAGUGGUACACCUACAACCAUCCUGUGCCCGAACCUCGUCCUGGGGCGUGUGUAACCAACCAUGCCAGGCAAAUGGGCAUCCAGUCGUCCCUACACAUGCCGGACAAAGUACUUAACUUUGUCAAGGAUCAUUUCCUUAUGGACAGCGUGAUCCGCAGUUCUCCUCUCCUGCUGAAACGCAAUGUUCGCUACACACAGAUUGCAGUGCACAAGAUCCAGGGCAUUGAGAGGGCUUAUGAUGUCCUCUUUAUUGGAACAGACGACGGGAAGCUCCAUAAAGCCAUAAACGCCAAUGAUAAGAUGCACAUUAUUGAAGAGAUGGUCCUGUUUCCUGAGCCUCAGCCUGUGCAGCAUAUUGAACUUGAUCCACAAAGGGGCCUUUUGUUUGUUUCAUCCCACUCUGGAUUGGUGGAGGUUGCUGUGGCCAACUGCUCCAACUAUGUGAGCUGUGGAGAGUGUGUCCUGUCCAGAGACCCCUACUGUGCCUGGACAGGGAGGAUGUGUUUGGAUGUCAGGAUGGCGCCACCAGAUAGCCAUUGGCAGCAAGAUGUGGAAGAGGCCGAUACUUCAGCCAUUUGUAACAGGACAUUCCCCAGCGCCAGAUCUGCCAGACCAGCAGCUUCUCGUGGUCGCUGCCAGUUUGUCACAAUCCCAGCCAACACAUUUCGAGUCCUGCCGUGUAAGCUGCGCUCCAAUUUGGCACGUAGGAAGUGGCAUUACAGUGACAGCGCCAGCCAGUCCUUGUAUGCAACCCCAGAAGGAAACCUAGUGGUAGUGGCUCAAGUAGACAAGAUAGAGACGUAUGAAUGCUGGUCUGAGGAGGAGGGCUUCCGUCAGCUGUUGGCCAAUUACUGCGUGAGAGCCGAGCCACGUCAGGAGAGCACUACGCUGUUUGGACACUCAAGAACACCUCAGGAGCAGGAAGAAACAAUCAUCCUCCCUGGUCAAUCGCGCUCUGAGCAAGUGCACACUAAAACCUACUGGAAUGAACUCAUAGUUGUCUGCGCCCUGCUGGCUUUUUCCUUGGUAGUCUUCUCGUUGUUUGUCAUUUACAGAAACAGAGACCAUAUGAAGUCGAUGUUAAAGCAAGGAGAAUGCCCCAACAUGCAGCAAAAGAAGCCCAGGAUAGUUGGAAAGCCCACUGAAAGCCUCCCUCUGAAUGGCAACACUAUUCCUGUAUCCACGUCUGAUCAUAAGGGCUACCAGACAUUGAACGACAACUAUAUCUGCAGCACGCCCACACACGAGUCUUCGCCGGACAACAGCAAGAGCUUCUCGGAGGCGUCUGACAGAAGGCCACUCAACGCAAAAGAAAGCCAUGUUGAAUACUCCCCAACCUGCCCACGACCCAGAGUAAGGCUAGGCUCAGAGAUAAAAGACUCUAUUGUAUGAAAGAGCACAGUUUAUGUAAAAACGCCAGCCUUGUGUCUUUGCGGGGGAUACAGGCCAAACGAGCAGGGAGAGGAAAAGCUGACAGCCUCCUACAUCACAGCAUAUGUUUUAUUUUAGCCAUCGUCAUUCUGUGAUAAUCGCGGAGGUCAUUUCAUUUAACCAUUUCCACUCCAAAGCCAGCGGAUGGUCCGGGUUACUCUGGGACUGAGAAAAAAAAGAUGCAGCACAGUUUGAGCCCGGGCCACAAGACGCCAUUGCCCUCAUGUCAUGGCCACUGGUGAAUGUACAAAUGAAGAGAGAGAUGAACGAAACACAUCAUAGUAUCUUCUAAUGUCAUUAAAUUAUUCAACAUCAAUGAUCUCUAGAUCUCUUGAUUUGAAUUUUUAUUUCAAAAAUAUACCACUGCACAUUAUCAGUAGAGCAUCUGUCUGCAUACAAGAAGCUAUAUGUAGAAGUGACAAAGUUCAGGGUUAGGAGAAAAAGAAGAUCAUCUAUUCCAUCACAUUAAAGACUUUUGGAUGCACACGUUAUUAAAUAAAAAGCAUGGAGAGAAACGACAUUUCAAUGAGAGAAAAAAUGUAACCAACUGCUACGUGUCUGCUGGUCCAGAACUAAUUUAACCUUAGGGCCACUUUAUGGACAUGUAUCUCCUCAGUGCAAGUGGCUGUUUUGAAGUCUGUCUAUUUCACAUGGAACAGUCGACCAGGAUGACUGAGUGAGAUAGACACUACUGUGACUUAAAGUAAGACCGGAAUAAGAAGGCUUUUUACAUCCGUGACAGCGCCAAGGAUAAAGUGGACUCAUCUGUAUCAUCAGGACAGCACUGAAAUCAUCCCGUGCCAAGUGCCAAAAAUACUCUUGAUUGUCUUACCUAAAUGCAAUAGUGCCAUCCGUCCAGUACCAACCACAACCACGUCAUGCUUUUUGUUAGCAUUACUCAGUGUUGAAGAGCACAUAGCAAUGGAAACUUAAGUCUUAAGUUUCACUGACUAAUCACAGCACUAAUAAUAAGCAAAUGUGAAGUGCAUGGGGACUUCUCUAGACUGUUAGCUUUUAACACAAUAACAGACUCUGAUGGACAUACUGAAAUGGAAUAAGGGCCAAAAGAAAAUACUAUAUGACCAUGUCAUAUGGUUGUUAGAUGACAAAUCUUUGACUUUUUAGUGUUAGUGAAUUAUGGGUACUUUAGAGCUCAACAAGCACUAACAACGUGUCAUCUGUUUGCUGUUUAAUGCUUGAAAGCUCAAUGAAAAGGUGAUAGAAAAGAUGUAUUUCAACUGCCGCUGUGUUAACAAUUGAAUAAUAUUUUGUGGUCUCUUAUCCAGACUGCAGAUGCACUGUUAAUCAUGUAGAUGCACAGAGCUGUAUAUUAGGCUCAAUAUAAUCCCCCAGGUUACACUUCUGUAGAUGGCAUUCACUGUGCUCAAGUCAACACAUCAGCCUAAUGUGAAAGCACAAGUUAUCAGGGUGUCCGCGUUUGCACAUUUCAGCAAAAUGAAAUUCAAGCAACUACUGAGAGAACAAGCGUGUCUGGCUGCUACGCAAAUAAUUCCUUCAAAUCAAAAUUGUACAGGGACCAGUGCGGUCAUUCGCAUAAACACUGCACCCUAGACCUAAUACCUAGCAGAUAUUUCCAAAGACAUAAAACAAGUCAGUAUUGUAAACAUAAUUCAAACUAUAUUUAGAUGCCUACAGAGACGUAAUGGCACAAUUCGCUGUACCUACCAUAAAACAGUAUCUAUAUAGUAUGCUGUACAGAAAGUUGCCAUUAAAACACCGCGCAGAUGACGACAUGCUAUGUAACUGCUACAAGAUGACCAAGUAAUUGCACAGCAUUCUCAGUGUGAUUUUCUACCUUUUUGUUGUGUAAAUACAAUGUGGUUAUUAUUGUGUGUUUUAAGGGACCUUGUGCAAGAUGUGUUGUAGAGAUACUUUUGAAACUAGAGUGAACACUGCUGAUACAUUUUUAUUAAUUUCUUCCAUAGUGCUUUAUUGCCUACUUCAACUUGCAUUUUCCCUCUUGCACAGCUCUGCACAUCUUCAAACACACUACAGUUAUGCGUUGGACACAGCAUCUUAAAGCAGAACUUAAUAUUAAUGCAGUAAUUGGUCCCAAUUUGAAAACCAAUGAGAAAAUCUAUGUCCAGUGAUUAGUUAGGAACACAUUUCUUUUAAUUUAAAUAAUUUCCAAAUGAUUAGCAUAUUCAUUUGGUCUCUAGAUGUAUAUAUCAAAUGCCUCACGCUUCAGUACUUAAUUGGGACCAGCACAAAGACUACCCUAGGUUAUAUUUGCAUAUUUCAAGCAUACAUAGUGUAUUAUACAAUAUUCUAAGUACUCUCACUCUUCCCAUUAUUUGGUUCUAAAUUGAGCCCAUUUAAGUCUUGAUGUGAGCUGGGUUUUGUCCAGGUCUAGUUUCAGGUUUAGUCUUUCUUUUGUCCAGGCUUAGUUUCAGGUUUAGUCUUGGUUUAGUCCCAAUUUGAACGGGAAACCAGCCUUAAUCCAACCUGGGUCGCAAAUUAAUCUAAUCUGUUAUUAUUUACAUAUGAAACAUAAAUACGACUCCAUGUCCUGCUUUAGUAAUGACCUUGAAAAAGUCCAACCACCUUUAGAAAAACAAUUGUUCUGCCUUAAGGUGUGCGCCACAUGUCCACCUUUUCUACUGCAUAGACCUCUCCAACAUACACAUACACAGUGAUUGUAGGCCUCCGGGGGCCAAACCUAUAAGCCCAAAACAUAACACAAGACGGGUCAACAGAUGUACAGCCUCACCCAUAACUGUGCAGACCAGGAGCUGCCUCUUCUUUUUCUGCUUUUGAACAACAUAGGGCAUAAACCUGUGAGGCUUCAGUAUUAGCAACAACUGAUGGUGCAUUCAAAAGCAGACGUAUAUACUACCUUUGGACCUUAAUAGUGAAAAAAUACCAAAAGGUAAAUAUUGUUAUAUAAUAGAUAGUGUUAUUUAUUAAUGACAUGCUUUUAUUAUUUAAGAAAGCAAACAAUAAUAUUACAUGAUGCUUUAUGUUGAGUGGCUCCUCAGUAAAGCUCUAAACGUGAAUGUAAUCGACUACGGUAUGCACACACUGGCCACGUAAUUAGGAACACCUCGUUUGUGCUGGGUUGGACUGCUCCUCACAUCACUAUUUGAGUCACAAUAUUGUCUUAUUAAUCUCAAACAUUGUCCUUUGACUUUGGACACUAAUUACCCAGCGUUGUAGAAUUGUUUUUUCUCUUUUUGGAACUAGUCUUUAAAAUUCAUAUAGAUCACAUUAGACCAAUUGUUGACUAUCAGAAUUGGAGUAAUGUACAAAAAACCCUUUUUUGUCUAACCUGGGCUAUUUCUGAAAUGAACUGGGUUUACCUAAUACAAUGGCCAGUGAUUGUACAGCAGCGCUUCAUCUUCCUACAGUGGUUCAAGUAGGCAAAUCAUGCUCUGACGUCAUGUAUCACUUUAAUUUAAUUACAAAAAUUCAGACCAAAAAAUAAAAAUCAGUCCCAUAUUUGAGUUGUACAGUACAUUACAGUCAGAUAAGUACAACCCCUGAACCAACCGCUUUGCCUCAGAAAACACCAUAAGCUUAUUGUCGACUGAAACUAGACAAAUGUGGUCUUGCCUGCAUGAUUUUUCUUUAAUUUGUGUACAAAUAACAUUGUGAACUGUAUUUUUUGUAUCAUUGAGGUUGUGACUGUUGUUUUUAUUAUAAUGUACAUAAAAAGCACUUUAUUUUAAUUUUUUAAAAUAAAUGAAUUAUGAAAUACAUAAACC